AUGAACGACGCACAAGUUAUAGAGAUUUUAGUCUACAUCAAAGUUAUAAUUCUUGGUUUAGUGUCCUUAGCAGCGCUCAUCUAUACCAUACCAAUAUGUUUUCAUCGAAAACUUCGAACUCCUCUUCACCUUCUCAGUGUGAAUGUCAGUCUUACUCUAUUUAUCUGUGCACUGUUUUGGGGAAUCUUUUUGGUAAUGUCAACAUGGUUUGACAAUAUCUUAUGGACCGAGAAAUCUUGUUUAUGGAUAUUGUAUUUGCAAACAGCUGUGAAUUGUCUGAGUAUUUAUAGUACAUGUGUUGCUUCAUUGAAUCGACUAUUGGUGAUUGUUUAUCACACGACAGUUUUAUUUCGUACUAUGAGAUGGAUCCUAAUCUGCAUUGUUGUUCAAUGGAUCAUCGCGAUCUUAAUCUCAUUACCAACCUUUACGUCCAGUCUUGAACAUUGUUUUAUCUCUGGUCUUGAAAUUUACCAACAACUCUAUGUUUUAUUCAUCGUUGCUUGUUUACCAUCGAUCUUCUUGUCGAUAACUAAUAUCAGUAUUUUCCUUCAUGUUCGUCGUUCCACACGACGUACUUAUCCAGCACGCAAUGAAGUGAAUGGAACAAAUUCGAUUGUCAGUCAACGGGAUAUUCGGUUGUUAAAACAUAUGAUAUUUAUGUUCAGUAUAUUCUUCUGUAGUUGGGUACCGAUUUACAUCAUUGGAGUAAUCAAUUGGAAUGGAACUGGUAUUACAUAUCUUGCAUAUCAUGCUCUUCAAUUCUUACCAGCGAUGGGUUUUGUAACCAAUAUUAUUGAUUUGUUUUUGUAUAACCAUGAAUUGCGAGCUUUUCUUUUCCAGAAGUUUCGUGAACAUCCAGUAUCGAUGACAUAA